CCUUACCCCGCCCAGGGACAAUUUCACCUGACAAUCAACUAACUACCCGCCCUGCUAUCAAACCUGCCUUGAUCAAGCUUGCCGAUUUCAGAGCUACAGCUUACUCGCACCCUUUCAUAAUCAAUACCCGUCAUGGCUCAGACAAGAACCCUCAAGCUCGACGCUUUCUACGACAGAGGAAACCCAGAGCCGUCGGCCCUGGAACUUCUGUACGCCGCCAGGCCCGACUGGAAGACAACGCCAGGCCGUGUUCGGAUCGAGCGUCUGCUAGGAGGUGUGCCAAACACGAUCUUGAAAAUCACAAAAGACGUACCCGGAAAGUCAAAGUCCGAGAACGACCAGGCCGCCGUCGUCCUGCGCACCAACGGCGACGACCCCAACGAGCUGCUAGGUCUCGACCGCGAGGCCGAGGCGCGAACCCACGAGCUACUGGCCGAGCACGGUCUUGCGUCGCCCCUGCUCGCUCGGUUCGGCAACGGCCUCCUCUACGCCUACAUCCCCGGCCGUCCAUGCAAACCCCAUGACCUCUGCUGCGAGGAAGUCUGGGCCAGUGUUGCGGUUAAACUGGGCGAGUUCCACGCAAAGCUGACUCGGGCGAAUGAUAGAAUCGGCGGCGGCGGCGGGCCUGGUGUGAAGAUGGACAUGGGUGGCCCGGCGCCAAAUAUCUGGUCGACAAUGCAGCGCUGGAUCAACGUUCUCCCGACUCGGACGGCCGAGGAGAAAAGCCUGCGGCUGGAGUUGCAGACUGAGCUUUCGUGGUCCUUGGAGAGGUUGGGCAGGAGCAAGAGCUCGCCGGAUGAACGUGCUUACGUCUUCGGACACUGCGACCUGUUGAGCGGCAACAUCCUGAUAGCUUCUGCUGCCGACAGCAAAGAAGCCGAGCCGGGCGAAGCUGCUGCUGCUGCCAGCCGCAUCACGCCCGACCGCAUCCGCAUCAUCGACUACGAGUGCGCCAUGUACUGCCCCGCGGCGUUCGACAUCGCGAACCACUUCUCGGAGUGGGGCGGCUUCGCCUGCGACUACACCACGCUCCCGGGCCGGACCGUCCGCCGGGAGUUCAUCGGCCGGUACCUGUCGAGCUACGGAGAGCAUGCCGGUAUUAUCACAGCCGACUUGGAGUUGGCGGUCAGCGAGCUUGCCGCCGCGGUUGAUCGGUUUAGAGGUCUCCCCGGGCUGCUGUGGGCUGUACACGCCUUUGUGUCGGUGUUGGAGUCCAAGGUUGACUUCGACUGGAUUCCGUAUGCGAGCAAACGUCUGGCUGAGUAUCGCGCUUGGAAGGCUCACGAGGAUGGGGUCCAGCUUGAGAGUGGCGGAGAGGUGUCGCUGAGAGAGCGGAUGUGGGCAAGAGAGUAGAUUCAAGAUUGUGACGAUGAAAAGGUUCUCAUUCAAA